AUGUGGAUGAGUGUGUCUCUGGAAAACACCAAUGCCACAACUCGACCCAUUGCGUCAGUGUGAAGGGAAGCUAUAGAUGUUACUGUCACCAUGACUGGAUGGCCAGGUCCAAGCCUCUGCAUGGUCUGAAGCUCACCAUCUGUGAAGAGGUCCCCUUCUCCUCAUGGACAUCACCUUCUGGAGUCAGCAGCCAGGACCUCAUGAAGGAAGUAGGUGAGCUGCUGGAUACCCCAGGGGACCUGAAGACCCUGCCUCCCUCAAAGCAGCACUGUGUGGCCACUCAUCUGCUCGUUGGCCUGGAGAAUGUCCUAAGAGUGCUAAGCAAGUUCCUGCCCAAUGGGCCAUUGUGCAUGCUCCUGCAGGCACAG